AUGUCACCCAAAAUCAUAACCGUAAUCGGAUCUCUCAACACCGAUCUCGUAACGCUUACUCCCCGCGUCCCCUCUGGAGGUGAAACCAUAACCGCUACGUCCUUUAAAACUGGUCCCGGUGGGAAAGGCGCCAACCAAGCCGUAGCAUGCGCUCGCCUCUCUCGACCGAAUCCCGCUUCCACCCCGUCUUAUACUAGCGAUGUUCUGAUCAAAAUGAUCGGUGCGGUCGGUGACGAUGAAUUCGGCCCAUCCCUCAUCUCCUCUCUCAAAGACUCCCUCAUCGACACAACAUCCAUCCAAACCAUUCCAUUCCAAUCAACCGGCGUAGCAGUUAUCCUCGUGGAAUCCGAGAGCGGCGAAAACCGCAUCCUAUUAUCCCCCGGCGCCAAUCACUCCCUCCAACCCAGCGCCUUCACCCACCCCACCACCCUCGGCACCCCCCACCCCUCCCUCCUCGUCCUGCAACUCGAAAUCCCCAUCCCCGCCGUCCUCCAAAUCCUCGCCACCGCCCAGAAAGCCAACAUCCCCGUACUCCUCAACCCAGCGCCUGCCGUGCCCCUCCCCCUAGAAGCCUACCCCUCCAUAACGCACCUAAUCCUCAACGAAACCGAAGCCGCCAUUCUCAGCUCGCGCUCCAUCUCUGUCGUCGAAGACCCCUCUUUCGAUUGGCGCACCAUAACCAACGAAUUCCUGUCCCGCGGCGUGAAAACCGUCAUCGUAACUCUCGGUUCCAAGGGCGCCAUCUUCGCUACUGGCGACGUUUACGAACAUGUGCCUGCGGAGGAGAAUGUAAAGGUGGUUGAUACGACUGCUGCGGGCGAUACAUUCGUAGGAGCCUAUGCUGUUGAGUUAGUGCGUAAUGUAGAUGCUGAUGCUGACGUUAUGCUUGCUGCAGUUGCGAAAGCGUGUAAGGCAGCUGCGCGGACUGUGGAAAAGGAAGGGGCUCAGAGUGCUAUACCUUGGGCUGAUGAAGUGGAAAGAUAG